GUCAACCUAUAUGACCGUGCUUGUUGUUUUGUGAUGUAUUUUGAGAUUUUUAAGGGGGCGGUUUGGCACUUGGGGGGUUGUGUAUGUUUUAGUUUUUAGAUUUGAUAUAAAUUAUUUUGUCAGGAGAUGUGGAGGAUCGCAUUUCCUGUAAUAAGCUCGGCUCUUAUAUGCCUAGCAAAAGAGGAAAUACGUAAACCAGUUCAAUAUACGACUGAAAAUUUUUCUGCAGAAGUACCCAAGAAUCAUCAUUUUAUUAUGUUUUAUGCCCCAUGGUGUGGGCACUGCAGCAAGUUAGCUCCUACUUGGGAAGAACUUGCAUCAACAUUCCAUAAAGGUUCAGACCCUGAUGUCAUUAUCGGUAAAGUGGAUUGCACCGUCGAGACAGCCUUGUGCUCCGAAAACGAUGUUACAGGAUAUCCUACUUUAAAGUUUUUCAAGAUAGGUGAAAGCGAAGGCGUUAAGUUCCGCGGAACAAGAGACGUUUCCUCUCUGACAUCGUUCAUCUACGAACAGUUGGGGAUCACACCAGAGGAGCCUGAGGGAAAGCCAGACGUUCCCGAACCAGUGGGCGGUUUGUACGAGUUGACUGAAGAUUCAUUUUCUAAGCACACAGAGAGGGGUAAACACUUUGUGAAGUUUUAUGCACCAUGGUGUGGGCACUGUCAGAAACUAGCUCCGGUGUGGGACUCGCUGGCCAAGUCUCUGGAGCAUGACAAGAUGGUGUCAGUAGCAAAGAUCGACUGCACUGUGCACAGGACGGUGUGCAACAACUUCGACAUAAAAGGAUAUCCAACUCUCCUCUGGAUUGAAGAUGGGAAGAAGGUCGAGAAGUACCAAGGCCAGCGCACACACGAGGAGCUGAAGGAGUUUGUAGCGCGUAUGAUCGGCGACGAAGACGCAGACGCUCACGUCGUAGCAGAGCAGCCGGUGAUCUCCUACAGUGCUGACAACUUUGAGCACGGCAUCGCCAAAGGAAUAACGUUCAUCAAGUUUUUUGCACCGUGGUGCGGCCACUGCAAGCGGCUGGCGCCCACCUGGGAGGAGCUCGGCAAGAAGUUUGUCGGCACCGACGUCAAGAUCGUGAAGGUGGACUGCACCCUGGACAACAGCAAGGAGUUGUGCGGGCAGGAGGAGGUGAAUGGCUUCCCCACGUUGUUCCUCUACAAGGAUGGCAAGAAGGUGGAGGAGUACAGUGGCUCCCGCAGUCUGGAGGACUUGUACGAUUUUGUGUCCCGUCACAGGGAAGAGGGGGCGAAGCGGGACGAGCUGUGAGCAACCCUCGUAAGCUCCAUCCCAACUUGUGAUAGCGAGGGCUGUGGCGUGCGCAACAACUUGCGAACUUUGCACCUUCCCUACGGCUCGAUGCCUCUGGCCGUUGUGUUUGAAAACUGCUGUUGUGUCCUGUUUGUCGUGCAUGUGUGUUAGUGGGGGGUUUCCUGAUUAUUAACAGUUUUUUCUUCUUUUAAUGAAAACAUUCCAUAAAUCUUAUAGGAGGAGGAGAGGGAAUAGUUCUUUCUAUAUAGUAAAUGAAGAAUAGAUGUGUGUGGUUUUUAUAACUUGAGAUUUUUUGGGAGUUAGUUUAUGUAGGAACUAAGUUCACUGCGCUGAUUGCAAAUCUAUAAUUACUUGAGAUGCCACAAAUAAAAAGAAAAUGUCUUUUACAAUAACAUUUUUGAAAGCAGGACUGCGUUUCUUCUAGUAGAUAGAGAGUAUUCUGGCUUUAAAAUACUUUUUAUGUAGUAGUGAAAGUGUAUUCGCUCUCAAUUUUUUAAUGUUUUUGAAGAGUUUUGUUGAAGUACAAUUUUUGGAGUCAAAAAUAUUUUUUUUCUUUUAACAAUACUGUUGGGGUAAUUAUGAGUAUAGGUAAGAUUAUAUGUUUAAUAGCUAUAAAACUUAAAUUAUAGCGAAAUUGAAGUCAAUAAACAGCCGAACACAAUAAUGGAAGUGCAUACACUGCACUAACACCGAAAUGCAAAGCAAAACACAAAAUGCAGCAAAAUUCCCCAUAAUUACCUCAUAGAUAUUGAUUUCAUAAAUAUUUAGUAUAGGGUAUUAUUAGAAACCUUAAAUAUUAUGAAUUAGGUAAAAAAAAAUAUUUAGUUCCUAUGUUAAUUUUUUUAUUUUUAAGUAAAGUAAAUUUAUAGCAGUCUGUAGCAGAUACCUACAGACAUGGCUAAAGGCCUACAGAGAAACAUGUGAUUUAAGGUACAUAUUUAACAUUGCAUUUUUCUAUUCAUAUUAAUAGUAUUGAAAUAAUAAGACCGUUACAAAAAGUAAAAUUUGAUUUUGAAAAUAUGUUGAACUUUCUUGUGAAUUAAGUACAGAAGAAUAUUGAAUGUUUUGAUUACAGUUUUUUUGUUUAGCUUACUGUUAUCAAUAUAUGUAGUAGUAUGUAUUUUUUUUAUGUACACCUUUUAAGCAUCUUACCACAAAUUGUUUUAGCAGUUGAUCAAUGUUGAUAUUUACUUAUUACAUUUCUUUAAUUGUAACAAAGACAAAAUCCAUUAUUUUUAACGACAAAAUUUGCAUUUUAUAAAGCCAUAAAAUCUUAACUCUAAUCAUGUAAAUUGAAUGUUCUUAAAUUUUAUGUAUAGUAGAGACUUACUAAUUUUACCUGUUCUGGCCCACAGUUUUGUUUCUAGUUCUGAUGCUUUGCUACCUCUUUCUUAUUCUUAAGUAAUGUUUUAAUGAGAACCAAGGGCAUAAAUGGACUGGUAAUUCAAUUGUUUAUAUACAUAAUUAUAUUAUCCAUAUGUUGCAAUUUGUGAUAAAGACCAGCCUCAGAAGUGUUUUAAAUAAAGUAAAAGAUGUGAAAUAUGUACUUACUGCUUCACACCAGCAAAUCUUUGUAAAGGUAAGUUACUCUUAAGGUGGGUUUACGAUUGAAAAUUAAGAAUUAAGACUUAAGACUUAGUCGUGUACUUACCAUAUGACUCUAUGUAAACUAGUGGAAUGGUUUAUGAUUGUCGUGUGUGAAUUUUGAUGGGUCGUGUGCGAACCAUAUGAUGACUUAAGACUUAACAGAAAUGGUUAUAUUUUAUAUUUUUCGUUAAGGCUUAAGGGAAGCGACCAAUCACAACAAACCAGAACCUUUCAACCGGAAGUUUAUGUCUUAUUAUUGGACCGAGCGAGGCAGUAUUUUGGGUUAGAAUUCGUAUAUUUGUCAUUUGUAAUCAUCAUCCAUUUCGAAAAAAAAAAAGAUAUCCCAUUUGUCAAUAACCUAUUUCAAACCUGCUUCUCUGUUUCGAACAAUGGCCGACCAUGUGUUUUGUGCUGUGAUUGGUUAGAAUUAAUGACUUCUAUGUCAAUCAUAAACUGGAAAAUGUAGUUUUAACUUAAUCUAUAUUACUCGAUGUUAAGUUAUAAUUCUUAAGGAAAUCAAUCGUAAACCCAGCUUUAGUCUGUUAUUAUGUGGCUGGAACUUAAGUAGGUAAAUGGUCAUUUAUUAAUUCUUUGUAAAUAAAUGGAUGAUAUAUAUAAUAUAUAUAGUGUUUUGAAGGAUUUAAAACAUGUAAAGUGUAAUUUUUACUAUGAACUCUGUACUGAAGAUAACUACAUAUAGCUGUAUUUAGACAAUAGUGCAUCUUCUUUUGUGCUUAUCUCCGUUGCUCAUUAUUUUAAGAUGGGUUAAAAAAAAAUUGGGUUGAUUUAUAUUGAGCUAAAUGAAUUUGUUAGAGUUUGUAAAAAAGUGUGGGUUGAUAGGCUGUGUGUGGUGUAACUGUGUGGUUAAGGUAUUGUUUCUUUUUAUGCCUCUUGAAAAUGCUGCUGCAUUAAGGUAAUUAGUUAAAGUUAUUGUAACAUUAAAUUGCAAAUGGUAUAAAUUAUAAA